AUGGACUCGGAUGAGAAAUUGUCAGUGCUUAGUAGCAGCUCUUCUGGAUCGGUUGACUCUCCUGUCAAAUUCACAGGCAACCCUGAAACGCCUGUGCCUCACAAAAAGAGAGGCUCCUUUUCCAGUCUUACUAGAUCCAUAGUCUCUUCACAGAAGGCAGACGAAGAAGAAAUAAAAAGAUUCACCGAAGAGGAGAUUAAAGGCGAUUUAACCAGCGCCGAGCUUGAACUUCGCAGAGAAUAUACAAGAAACACCAUCAUAAACCGCAUUGUGACUCGCCAAGACGAAAGUGAUGUGUCCACUUAUGCCAUUGAAGAAGAUAGAUUGCCGAUCGACCACGAUGGAGAGGAAUUCACCAAAAUAGACCCGGAACUUAUAACGUGGGGUUUUGACAAUCCAGAAGACCCACGUAACUGGCGCCUUCUGAAGAAGAUUUAUGUUGUUAUCUUUGUUUCAUUCUACACUCUCAUUUCGCCAAUGUCGUCUUCCAUCUUGUCUCCAGCAAUGAAAGAAGUCUCUGCCGAAUUCAACAUCAAGUCCCCUGUAAUUCAGGCGCUUGUGAUUUCCAUCCACAUUCUUGCCUGGGCCAUUGGGCCCUUGGUUAUUGCUCCGCUAAGCGAGGAUGACAGGUUGGGUAGAAAAACCGUUUUGAGUGUUUCUUGCUGGCUAUCUCUCGCCUUCAAUAUUGGCUGUGCUCUUUCUCAAAAUACUACGCAGCUUGUGGUUUUGAGAUUUGUUUCUGGCUUGUUCAGUGCUACUCCAUUGAAUGUUUCGCCUGCAGUUGUCAGUGAUUUGUUUGAUGCUAAAAGCAGAAACCUUAGUUUGGCAGGUGUUUUUUUAAUUCCCUUUGUGGGACCAGCCAUUGCUCCAAUUGUCGGUGGUUACAUUGCACAGGCGAAAGGAUGGAGAUGGGUUCUUUACACUCUCAGCAUUAUCAACGGCACUGUUGCCCUCUUGGGAACUUUCCUCUAUGUGGAGACAUAUUCUCCUGCGUUGCUUAAGAAGAAGGCUAACAAGUUGAGGAAAGCCACGGGCAAUCAGAACUUGCACACCAUUUACGAAAUGUCGAACAACGAGUCGACAUUGGAAAAACUCAAAGGCACAGUGACUCGUCCAAUUGUUCUUUUGUUCACACACCCAAUGAUUGUCGGGUUGGGUUCCUUCAUGGCCUUCAUCUACGGCUUCUUGUACUUGAUGAUUGUCACAUUUCCUUCUGUGUACGAGAAAUCGUACGGUUUUUCCCAGAGUACAGCGGGUUUGAUGUACUUGUCUUUGGGUGUAGGGUUCUUGUUGGGUGUCUUGUUUUGGACAUAUGCCUUGGGUGCCGUCUACAACCAUUUAACUGAGAAGAAUGGGGGAGUCAGCAAACCAGAGUAUCGUCUUCCUUGUCUCUUCGUCACGGCCAUAAUCAUCCCUAUUGGAUUGUUGUGGUACGGCUGGUCGGUCCAAAAGAAGCUUCAUUGGAUGAUGUCUUGUGUCGGAUCCGGCUUAUUUGCAUUUGGCUUGGUUUGCGUUUUCCAAACGUUGCAAGCCUACUUAAUUGACAUGAAUCCAAAGUUUGCGGCGUCUUCCAUUGCGGCCGCGGCCAUAUUCAGAUGCUUUUUUGGCUUUUCUUUCCCGCUUUUCGCUCCGGCCAUGUACGCCAAACUUGAUUACGGAUGGGCCAACACCAUGUGUGCCAUCAUUGCCCUUUUCUUGGGAGUGCCCUUCCCAUACUUGUGCUACAAAUACGGCGAAAGAAUCCGGGAGUGGGCGAACCAGAGGCUCGAGAAAAGCCAAAAGGAAAGAGAAGAAAAGUUGAAGCAGCGCUUGUUGAAGAAGCAGGCGCGCCUUGGCACCGCUUAG